AUGGAAGCCCUCCGGUCCAAAUAUGUUCCAACAGUGACUUCUAAUGGUGGUGAGAGAAAGAUCUUGCAAAAGGCGAUCUUUGACGGACACCAAUUAACAGAGGAACGAGCUUGGAAUUGGCAGUGGGCAAAUACACUGGCUGAAUCUCCAUCAGAGCGCCUAGAAGGAAUAACACCAGCCUUUGCUGACUGGCACUUAAAGAAGAUGUUUCUUGGGGUAUGUAUGUAUUCGAAAAAUUGAUGUUAACAAUAAAGUUUAUGAAAACAAAACAGAACAAUUCCUGCGUUAUCAAGGCAUACGUUAUAUUUUAAACACAUAACAAAUAAGGUUGCUCUGAAUAUCAUUAAUUUAUAUUCUUUUUCUUGGCAGCUGUAUAAUACAAAAUAAACAAUCAUAUAUCAUGGGAUUGGAGCCUGUAUGAUUAACCUACAAAGAGUUUGAUGUUAUUUUAAUGUUUUCUUUAAGCAAUAUUGUUACUGUGUAUUCAGAUCUUCAAGCAGCUGUUCUUUAAGGAAGGUUCAGCUGCUGAGAUGGGCACCUCCUGUGCAUUAAUGAAUCGAACAGGGAAGAGCAAUGCUAAAAGGGGUACUGAAAAGGAUUACAAUGCUUUCAAAGAUUUCAUUGAUCGUGAAACUGAGGCCCAUAUUAUUACAAAGUGGAUGCUAUUUUCUGGCAUGACUGAUAUGGAAGGAAUUCUUCAAAGUUCCUUUAAUAAUGCAUUCAAACACUUAGUUCUUGACAAGUCAUGACAAUAAAUUAUUUAAAGCCGACAAUGACACUUAAUAAAUCCAAUUUAAGCUAUAUUAUUACAUAAAUUAGCUUCAUGACAUUAUAUUGACUGCAUGGCUCUGGUACAGCAAAAUAGCACUGGUACUGACUAAAUAUACUGAAUAUGUACUCAAAAAUUUUAAUGUUAUUAAUAUAUUUUUUAACAAGUAUAUAUUUUUUUCAUCGAAAUUUUUUUGGUAGGAUCUCCUAGUAAGAGACCCAUUCCAAACACAACCAACUGAGAUUUGCAGAUGAUACGAGAAUAGCUCUGCAAAGAGACACAGACCUUUUUAGAUGGAUUGUUCUUAGGAACUAAUGUCUCAGAGAAUGUCAUUAUGUUAGAUGAGGCAUACAACCAAGGAUUUUCUUGUAGAGAUGGGAUGUGUGGUAUGCAGUUUUUGACUUCAUUCCACGAGAGUAAGGCACUGACCUCAACACAGUCCACAAAUGGAAAAUUGAUUGUGCUAAAAAGAUUAUUGCAACAUACAUUUUUGCUUCAUUUAAUCUUUGGGGAAUUUAAAGCCAUUUCUGAGGGUUUGAGACUUCCAAUAAUUUUUGCAUUUUAAAAUGGAAAUUAAAAUUAAUUUAAUGCCCAGUAAUUUUUUAUGAUGAAUUAGGCAUGAACAAGAACGACAUGGCUUGAUUAUCAAUGAUGGAGGUGAUAACAACAGAGACAAGUAUGGUUAUUACAAGUGUCAAGGACUGUGUACUCUUGUCUUUGCUACAAAUGCAACAAGGAAGAGGUGAAGUAUACACCCUUGGAGACAAUUUUCACCUUCAACCCAUUGACUCUCUUACAGUAUUGUCCAAUUCUUCAACUGCUUUCAAAAACGUACAGACGGCAAAUGAACUUCAUGUUCUUUGAAAUUGUUACCUACAGGCAUGAAAGUGUGCAGCAUCCUGGCUUAGAAGUAGCCAAUGAUACUCAACCUGAGGACCAAUUCAGUGAAGACUCCCAGAGUGAAAGUGAUAGAAUUUUUCAUUAA